AUGGCUGGGAAUAUGAAAGGUUUACAGCAAUUUAUUGCUGACCUUCGGACGGUAAAUGCUAAAGAAGAACAAGACAAAAGAAUAAAUUCAGAAAUUGUUAAUAUACAAAAACAAUUUAGUUCAGGUUCAAAAUUAACUGGUUAUCAAAGGAAAAAAUAUGUGUCAAAAUUAAUUUAUAUUUAUUUAACAAUUAGUUGUAAUGUUUCUCAAUUAAAUUUAUCAUUUGGUCAUAAUCAAAUUAUUGAAUUAUUAUCAUCAAAAUUAUAUUCUGAAAAAUCAAUUGGUUAUUUAGCUAUUAAUUUAUUAAUCUCAACUAAUAACAAAUCAGACUCAGAAGCUGAUUUCCUUUUAUUAGUUGUGAACUCCCUUAAAAAUGAUUUAAGUUCCCCAGAUAUUGAACAUAAUUUAUUAGCUUUACAAUGUAUUGCAACUUUAGGUAAUGAAACAUGGGCAAAUUUCCUAAGUGAAGAUGUUUUCCAAAUUCUUCGAUCACCAACUUCAACUCCAUUACUAAAGAAAAGAUCUUCAUUAGCAUUAAUAAAAUUAGUUGAAUCAAGUCCUGAAAUAUUUGCAAGACAUUCACCAUGGAUCCCAAGAAUUUUAACAUUAUGUGAUGAUAAUGAUUUAGGUGUUGUUUUAUCAAUUUUACCCUUAAUUCAAUUCAUUGCUAAAUAUAUUGAUUUUGAACAAUCUCAAAGAAUAAUACCAACUUUAGCUAAAAAAUUAAAUUUGUUAAUUAUGGAACCUUCCAAAAUUCAAGAUCAUUAUUUUUUUGGACAAAUUGCAAAUCCUUGGUUGAUUGUUAGAUUAUGUGGAUUAUUAGAAACUUUAAUACCAAGUGUUGAAUAUUUAGAUAUUGAUUUAAAUACAUUAAGAAUCCUGAGAUCUUGUGUUUCCAAAACAAUUGAAUUUACUACCAAAAAAACACCUGACUUAGCCGUGAGAAAUGCUCAUAAUUCAGUUUUAUUUGCCAUAAUUGGUCUUGCAAGUCAUUUAGACCCUUCACCAGAAGCCCUUGCAUCUUCAAUUGAUGCUAUAACAAAAUUAUUAGAUUCAAAUGAAACAAAUACAAGAUAUCUUGCAUUGAAUUCAUUAAUUUCAUUAAGUUCAUCAGGUGGAGCAUAUUCAUUACAAACUUCAAGAAAACAUUUAUUAAAAAUUUUCCAUUUGUUAAGAGAUCAUGAUGUUUCAAUUUGUAGGAAAUCAUUAGAUUUAAUUUAUACAUUAACUGAUUCAAAUACUAUAGAAUUUGUUGUGGGGGAAUUGAUUAAAACUUUAACAUUAUCAGAUCAUGUAUUAAAAUCAGAAAUUGCUAUAAAAGUUUCAGUUUUAAGUGAAAAAUUUGCUAAAGAUCCCCUUUGGUUUGUCAAGACAAUGUUGGAAUUAAUUGACCAGGUGGGGGUUAUAUUAGAUGAAUCCAUAUGGGAAAGAGUUGUUCAAAUUGUGGUUAAUAAUGAAAAUUUACAUAAAUUUACAUGUUUAGAAUUGAUGAAAUAUAUUACCAAACAAAAUUUUGCAGAACCAAUGGUCAAGAUAUCUGCUUAUUUAUUAGGUGAAUUUGGUAUAUUAAUUGCAGAUGAAUAUUCAAUUCAUCAACAAAUGGAAAUAUUAUCAACUAUAUAUUUUUAUGUUUCAAAUUCCACCAGGGCAAUGUUAUUAACUACAUUUUUAAAAUUACAAAAAACAAAUUUAAAUGAUAAAAUUAUGAAAUCAAAAUUAAUUAAAUUUCUAAGUACAGAAAUUAAUUCAAUAGAUUCAGAAUUACAACAACGUGCCGUGGAAUAUUUAGCAAUGAUUCAAAAAUUAAACACUAAAAAUGGUGAAAUCUUAUUUCAUAUAGUAUUUGAUGAACAACCAGUUUUCAAUAGUAUUCAAAAUCCUUUAUUACAUAGGUUAGGUAAUAUUGAUGUUAAAAAAUCAUUAUUAGUUAAAAGUACAGAUGAUUUAACCAAAAAAUUAAAUACUCAAUCAAAUGAUUUAAUUGAAGUAUCAGAUGAAGGUAGUGAUUAUGAAGAUAAUGAUACACCAAGACAAAUUACUCAACAAUUUAAUGAUCCAUUUGGAUCAUCAGCACCAACAACUGGAACCACAACCACCAGCACUACAACAACUGCACCAUCAUCAGCUUCAUCAAGAGCUAAAUCACCACCACCAAAACCUGCACCAAGAAAAUCAACAGCCGUGGUGGCUCCAUUAACACCAAAUUGGGAUAAAGGAUUUUAUAGAAUUUUUGAAUUUAAUCAAGGUAUUUUUUUUGAAAAUUCAUUACUCAAGAUUAUAUUAAGGAUAAAUAAAUCAAAUUUACAAAAAGAUUUAAUUUCAUUUACGUUAACAUAUUUAAAUAAAUCUCCAAGACCUUUAAGUUCAUUUAUAACAAGUUUAUCAGAAUAUAAAACUAUAAAACCAAAUUUUAUUGUUAAUUUAUUAGAAUUACCAGAAACUGAUAUUGAAAUUGAUGAGAAAACUUCAUCACAUAUCGAGGUGCUAUUAAGAUCACCAUUUUCUAUUGAUGAAAUACCAAAUUUAAGAAUUCAAUUCAAUUCAGGUGGUGGGUUUAAUAAUAUUAAAUUAAAAUUACCAAUUUUCUUGAAUAAAUUCAUUACACCAACCGUAUUACCAUUCCCACAAUUUUUAUCACAUUGGAAACAAAUUGAUACUUUAGGAAACCAAGGUGAAUCAAUACAUGAAAUAUAUUCAGAAAGAGUUAAUGAUAGAGCAUGGUUAUUAAGAUUUAUUGAUAAAUUAGGAUUUGCACAUAUUGAACAAAAUAGUGAAUUAUUUAUAUUUGCAGCAGGGAUAUUACAUACUAGUUCACAGGGAACUUUUGGUACUUUAAUGAAGGUUAAAAUUAUCGAUGAUUAUAAUUUAGAAUUUAGGAUUAGAGCAACUUCACCAAAUUUAAGUUCUUAUUUGAUGACUUCAAUUGUUAAUUUUUUUGAACAUUCAUGA